GUGUCUUUAGCAGCUGCGGCCGUGUUCUCAGCCCGCCUGUCACCCUCAAUCAUGGAGGAUUAAUAAAUAAAGAAAUAAAUCUUUUCAUAGACUGACAGUGUCAACGACGAGGGUGCACUUUCCUAAUUAACAUAAUAGACAAAUGGUGACACUCGAAACUGUGUCAGCCUGAGGUGUGUCCUAAUUAAUGGUCAUUCUAGCCUUGGCCUAGAGUUACACUGCAGAUCUUUCCAAAGCCAUAAGCUCCGCCGAGCCGAGGGCAGCGGGACAGCAGGCAAGGCGAGCCAAGUCAAGCGGACGACGGAGAGAAGAAAUCUCAUUUUCUGGAUUAUCAAGCGCAUGACUGGAUUUCUCCUGCCAUUUUCCUGCUUCACUACACAUGGAAGGCCUAUUUAUAGAGACUCCAACCCUCAGACACCUUCUUCAGGUCAAAGCCAUGGACUUCCAGCAUCGACUUCCAGCAUUUUGACAUGGGGGACGCGAGCAUGACAAGUAAAGUGGAAAAGGUGUCCAAAUACGAGACACUAAAGAUGUUGGAGAAGUGUCGGCGGGAACGGGACGACGCCGUCCAGCGCGAGGGAGCCCUGAGGGAGAAACUGAGACAAUACGAAUCUAGGAUGAGGUCGACCGAGUCGCUCAAGCAGAAGGUGAAGACUCUCACCCAAGACAACAAGGACCUCCGCAAGCAGGUGAAGACCCUCCGGGCCGAGCUGGGGCUGGAGACCAGCCCCAAAUUCAACGGCAAGACCACCAAGGACAUCAUCAACGACCUGCACGAGAAGGAGCGGCAGUGCAGCUCGCUGGUGGAGAAGACGGGCAAGCUGAGCGUCACCAUCGACGAGCUGACCUCCGAGCUGGCCAACACCGUCACCUCCAAGACCCUGCUGGAGGACCAGGUGCAGUCCCUGCAGCAGAACCUCAAGGACAUGACCAACAACCAGCGGCGGCUGCUGAAGCUGUGGGAGGACAGGAAGGCCCAGCAGCGUGAGCCACUGUCCCUGCCCGCCCUGCCGCAGAGACCCGGCCACAGGGCUUCGUCCCAUAAGGCCGUGCAGACCGAAAUGUCCAUCGGCUCCACGCAUAUACUGCCCACCAAUGCCUUCGAGACCAAACCCAGACAAGACAAUGAGAAAAACAGGAGUCUGGGGAGGCGGAACAUCACCCUGCCCAACGGCAGCCUGCGGGAAAAAACGGCUUUGAUACAAAAUGAGAGUAAACCUGUUCACAACUGACCGCAGGGAGACUGUCUACUGUUUACUGUUCACUGUGUACUUUUAUACUUAGCUGCUGUCUUAUAUCCAUGACACUGAUGACACUGAUAAAAAUGAAUGCAUGCCUAUGCAACAAGACAAUGCAUGACAAACAACCUCAGUGAUGUACAUCAGAUCAACUGAUCCUGUAAAUAGGUGCAUUCUCUACAAACGUGCACUUCUGUACAUUUUAAUACUCAGAUACUGUUUAUUUGUGUAAUUUAUCAAAUAGAGAUUCCACAUUAGUGGGAAAUUGGGAAAAAGGCAGAGAAGGCAUGCACUUUUCCUCACCCUCCUAGUGUUGGGUGUGUUACUAGUGAUUAGAGGGUGAGGUAAUUGGCCUUCCAAAUUAAGGAGAAAAUGUGAUAAAAAUUAGUAUAAAGUGUGGCAUGUACAAAGAUUAUAUCAAAGAUUAUCAUUUGAUUAUUUUUUUCAAUUUGUAAAUAAACUAGGAAUUAAACACUCAUAGUUUUUACUGCAGAGAAUGUAAAGAAUAUAUUUUAUGUGUUGACAUUUCAGACUGCAUAGUAUAAAGGCAUUAUAAAUUAAAUUAUAAAUUGCUGCUUGGCAUACAUGAAAUACUGUACAUCUACCAAAGAUUAUAUCUUAUAUAUGUACAUUUUGGAUCAUGUGGUAAAAAUCCCUGUAUUUUUUUAAAUACUGCAAUAUAUGCAGAACAAAUGUUGCAGUUGUUCCAAUUUGAAAUUUGAAAAUGGGAAGCCAUCCCUUUGUACUUUUUGGAUUAUCUGAUUUACUAACUUCAUGUAAAACCUGGUAAAAAAAAAUCCUGUUUUUUUAAAUAUUGCAAAACAUUGAACAAAAUAUGUUGUAGUCUCUGUUUUUUUUUCUAAAAUGGUGCAACCCUAGGGACAUUUAACAGAUCUCUUAGCAUUAUGUUCAGGUGUAUCAGGGAUUUGUUAGGUGUGCCAUCUCUCUGGACCCUUUUGAUUAAUUAAAACACGUAAAUCCAUUAAUAAUUGUGAUUAUUACUGAAAUAAAUGUACCUUCAGUAUGU